CCUGUGGACCUGCAUGACGUUUUUAACGUUUUUUUUCGGCAAACAGUUCUUGUCCACUGGCCUGACCUACUACACCUCCCACCACCCCGGGGCUGACUCGGUCUUCCGGGUGUUCCUGGCUAUAAUUCUCUCAUCUCUUCAGUGUUCCAAUUGCUUUGUGAGGUCCGUCUUCACUAAACACAAGCUAGGCGUCAUAGGCACACUGUUAGGUUUCCUUCACUGCCUCGCCUCGUUAGCGCUCAACUACAGCGUGGCGUACCUGGAGCCGUAUUUAUCCAUAGCUGUAACCCUGUCGGAGCCAGUCAUCUUGAACCUCAUACGAGCCACAUACACCAAAAUACGUUUCCCCCACAUAACGAUCGUCAGCCAUCUUGUUUUAGUGUUUGGGCUCGUUUUAGUACUUUUAGAAGAGUUGAAACUCGAACGUCUCCACAUUGUCGGCGUCCUGCUCGCCCUAGCAACCAACGGAGUUUCCUCCCUUGGACUGUUCGUGCGGGAGUCGGUCCGGGGCUUCCACCCCCUGACCACGCCCUUCAGUCCCUGGCCCGUGGGGGCGGUCCUGGUGUGGGUGCUGUGCCAGCUGUGUGUUGCCGUGGGGGUCUACUACCUGGAGAAGAUCGAGACCCUCCCCUGGGGAACGGUGCACGCGGUCUGUAUGCUGGUGUUCUCGGGAGUUUGUCAUUUCGUCGGUGAUAUGAUCACUAUGUAUUUGUUGCCGAAGGUCAUAUCUGUUGACAAAGAACAAUUGUUGACCCAAGUUCAGCGGACCGUGACGAUGGGUCUCCUGUUCUUCACCGACCACUCCAGCCUCCACCAAUACCACCAGGCCCUAGGUUUUAGUCUGACAGUGUUUGGGGCCGUCACAUCCUCCGUCUGGAAUAAAACCACCAAGAAGAAAAAGUUGCCCGCUAAUUUGAAUUCAGAGAGUCGAACCUUGAUAACGUAUCGUAACGUCGAUCUCCUUCAGCUUAGAAAAGAUUUGUUUCAUGAAGACAGAGAUUCAAGUUUUUGUUCGUUAUCAAAGUAACAUUGAUUCGCGCCUGUAA